UUUGGAUCUCCUCUGUUUUUGCACUGUCUUGUUUUGUUUCAAUGGAGUUUGAUCACAGAAAAGUCCUAGCACAAACAAAUUUGAGUGAGCAAUUGGUUUGUUCAAUUCCUUGUAAUCCACAUCUGAACAAAGGGGGUUAUUGCUUUCAAUCUUGUUUCAAAACCUGCCCUGAUGUCUGUAAGAAUCUUAUAGUCUAUGUUGGUGGUGAGCUUGCUCCUCCAAUUGUACCAUACCCUCCUCUGCCGCCAUCUCCUCCGCUGCCACCGCUGAAUGACUAUGAUUAUCAGCCCGAAUCUGAGCGGAAGCGUCUGAUUGAAACGAGUAUGACUAUCACCGCUUGUAUGGUUGGGGCUGCUCUUCUUCUCGCUAUUGUUUUCUCACUUGUUAGAUUUUAUCGCCGCCGCCGUGAUCAUUCGACGAGGAGGAGUGGUUCUUUCCCGAUUUUGUUUGAUACCCAACAAGAUUUUCUUGAUGAAGAUCAUGGUCCUGUUCUUGAUCAUCCCAUUUGGUACAUCCACACUGUUGGUCUCCCACAAUCGGUGAUUGACUCCAUAACCGUCUGCAAGUUUCGAAAAGAUGAGGGUUUGAUUGAGGGAACUGAUUGUUCUGUUUGCUUGAGUGAGUUUGAAGAAGAUGAGAGUCUUAGACUUUUGCCCAAAUGCAGUCAUGCCUUUCACAUCCCUUGUAUUGAUACCUGGUUGAGAUCACAUAAGAAUUGCCCACUUUGCCGUGCUCCGAUUGUUUGUGACACUGCUACUGUUCAGGUGAGUGUCCCGGAGUCUGUUUCCAGUGGUUCGGGUUUGCGGGAUAGCAUUCAGGUGGAGAAUUUGGAGGGUGAUGAAGGGGUUGGAAGUGUUGGAAGAGGGACUAGUGAUGUUGGGGUUGGAGAUGAUGGGAAUUUUUGUGAAACUCGAAUUGAGGGAAGAAGCAUGGAAAAUUCAAGGAAGGUUUUGCCAAAUUCCAUUGUUCCUGUGCGAAUCUGUGAUCCAAGAGCAUUCAGUGAUUUAUCUGACAAUCGACGUGUUACUGAAGAGGAUGUUCAACCAAUGAGGAGAUCAGGUUCGAUGGAUUCAUUAUCUGCUUUGAGAAUAUAUCGUGAUGUGGCGAAUGUAAUUCCCAAAGAAGGAAGUUCGAAUUCCCAAUCACAUGUAAAGAAUAUGAAUUCGGGGAUUGUUUCAAAGCAUGGCAGUUCAAGUUCCAGCCUAUCCAAACUAAUGAGAAGCUCUUCAGUUGGGUUUUCUCUGCAGAUGGGGCCAAUAUCAAUGAAAAGGCCAUUUGCAUCUGGCAGGAAGCUUUUUUCAUCCAAACAUGGAAGGAGUCAUAGCUCAAUCCUACCCUUGUGAAGAUUUGGGUACCCUUUAUAAUGUCUCAAAUUUUGAGUCAGUUUCUAGCAAAAUCAAGAAAUCAAUGGCCUUCUCAACGGCCUCUGCACCCUACCUACGUGAGAAAAACCAGCAAAGUUGGUAUAGCGGUGUGUCAAUACAAAGGACAGACUGAAGCGGGUUGUACGUUGAAAUAAGGAUUUUGGUACUGAAAUUUCAAGUUUUUUAGGUUCUCAAAGGUUAAGAAAAAAGAAGAUAUGGACUGCAACAAGUGGUCUCAUGUUAUUGCUUCUUAUAGUGAAUUUUCUGUUUUUUUGUUUAAGUACGCAUAAUGCGUGAAAUCUUCAAGACAAUAUAUACAUUGUACUACAGAAAUUUGUCUUAACUGCUGCUGCUGCUGCUGCUGCAAUAUAAGCAAAUUGCAACUUUGAAUUA